AUGACAAAGAUCAUCCGUUCAAUAUGGAUAGACGAAAGGAUACCUGAUUCGUGGAGACACGCUAUCAUAAUUCCCCUCCACAAGAAGUUAUCCGUCACGGACCCCAGGGAUUAUCGAGGAAUCUCUUUGCUGCGUGUUAUGUACAAGGUAUUGGAGCGCAUUAUCCUGGACCGACUCAUUAAACAUCGCGAAGAAACAACGCGCGACGAGCGAGCUGGCUUUCGUCCUGGCCGAUCUACGAUUGACCAGGUGUUCAUCGUCAGGAGAGUGAUCGAAAUCUGGCAGCGGUAUUCGAAGCCAAUGCAACUCGCGUUUCUGGACUUUGAAGUCGCGUUCGACUCUCCUCACCGAUGCCUUCUUCUCAACGCACUCCGCGCCGAUGGAAUACCAGGAACGUUCGUUCGCUUGCUUGAUGACAUGAAUCAACGAACAACUGCUGCAGUUCGAACACCAGCCGGAUGUACAACACCGUUUGAAGUGGUAACUAGAGUAAGACAAGGGGCAGUGGCAGGACCUUUCCUGUUCAAUUUCGCAAUCGACAUUAAGCGAAGAACAGUCUACCAGUGUCCUGGCGACAUUGUCUUAGCACCAUCUGGGUGCCCCUUGACUGACCUCGAGUACGCCGACGAUGUUGUUAUAUUCGCGGAAAGCAGUACGAAACUUCAACAUGUUGUCAACCUUGUAUCUAAGCUGGCUGCAGCCUACGGACUACGCCCACGCCCUGAUAAAUGCAAGCAGAUGUGGAUCUCUUCGAGACCACGAACGGGAAUCAGGGUGGACGGACAACCGAUAGAACUCGUCGAUGAGUUCCGUUACCUAGGCUGUACGCUGAAGAACAAUGGCAGCUACGAGAGAGAUGUCCAGCAAAGAUGUGCUAAGGCCACUUCUGCAUUUAACUCCUUAACGAAAUGCCAGUGGUCGGACCCCAUCACCAACGAAGUCAAGCUGCGAGUCUACCUAACCGCAAUUCGCCCCAUCAUUAUGUACGGAUCGGAGACUUGGGCAGCACCACCAACGGUUAUGGAGAGGCUUGACUGCACGGAACGAAAGAUGCUUAGACGGCUAUUUGGCUACUUUUGGCCUAGGAAAGAGGAAACACACGUGCGAACGGCUGCUUAA